GGAGGGGGACAGCGGGAAGAAGCGGGGGGAUGCGAAGCCAGCUCCCCCCAUCAUGAUGAAGACGGAGCCGCGGGGGCCCGGGGGUCCCCUCCGGAGCGCCUCCCCGCACCGCAGCGCCUAUGAGGCCGGCAUCCAAGCCUUGAAGCCGCCUGAUGCGCCCGGGCCCGACGAGGCACCCAAGACGGCGGCCCACCACAAGAAAUAUGGCUCCAACGUCCACCGCAUCAAAAGUAUGUUCCUGCAGAUGGGCACCCCGGCGGGGCCUCCGGGCGAGGCGGGCGGCGGCGGCGCGGGCAUGGCCGAGGCCCCGCGGGUACCCGAGCGCGGCGGCGGCGGCGGCGUGCGCCUGUCGCUGCCGCGGGCCAGCAGCCUGAACGAGAACGUGGACCACAGCGCCCUGCUCAAGCUGGGCACCAGCGUGUCGGAGCGCGUGAGCCGCUUCGACUCCAAGCCCGCGCCCUCGGCCCAGCCCGCGCCGCCGCCGCACCCGCCGUCCCGGCUGCAGGAGACGCGGAAGCUGUUCGAACGCAGCGUCCCCGCCGCGACGGGCGCCGGCGACAAGGAGGCCGCGGCGCGGCGGCUGCUGAGACAGGAGCGCGCCGGUCUGCAGGACCGGAAGCUCGACGUCGUCGUGCGCUUCAACGGCAGCACCGAGGCCUUGGAUAAGAUCGAUGCCGACGCCGUGUCACCCACCGUCAGCCAGCUCAGCGCGGUCUUCGAGAAGGCCGACUCGAGGACCGGCCUCCAUCGUGGGCCUGGGCUUCCCCGGGCCGCGGGGGCUCCCCAGGUCAACUCGAAGCUGGUCACUAAGCGAUCGCGGGUGUUCCAGCCGCCGCCGCCGCCGCCGCCUCCCGCCCCUUCGGGGGAUGCUGUCAUCACCGACAAAGAGCGUGGCCCGCCCGGACAGCAGCCCCCGCAGCACCGAGUGGCCCCUGUCCGGCCUCCCCCUAAACCCCGGGAGGUGCGCAAGAUUAAACCGGUGGAAGUGGAGGAAAGCGGGGAGUCCGAGGCCGAGUCGGCGCCUGGGGAGGUGAUCCAGGCUGAAGUGACAGUUCAUGCGGCCUUGGAGAACGGGAGUGUCUCGGCCACCCCUGCCAGCCCCGCGCCGCCGGAGGAGCCCAAGGCCCAAGCAGUCCCUGAGGAGGAGGAGGAAGUGGCGGCUGUGCCAGAGACUGGGGUGGGCAAUGGUCGGGCCCUGGAUGUGGCCUUGGAAGAAGUGGAUGAGUCUAAAAAGGAGGAUUUCUCCGAGGCGGACUUGGUGGACGUGAGCGCCUACAGUGGGCUCGGGGAGGAUUCUGGGGGGAGUGCCCUGGAAGAGGACGAUGAAGAAGACGAGGAGGACGGAGAGCCCCCUUAUGAGCCAGAAUCGGGGUGCGUGGAGAUUCCGGGGCUCUCGGAGGAAGAGGACCCGGUCCCGAGCCGGAAGAUCCAUUUCAGCACCGCACCUAUCCAAGUGUUCAGCACGUACUCUAAUGAGGACUACGACAGGCGCAACGAGGAUGUGGACCCCAUGGCAGCCUCGGCAGAGUAUGAGCUGGAGAAGCGGGUAGAGAGGUUGGAGCUCUUCCCCGUGGAGCUGGAGAAAGACUCAGAGGGCCUGGGCAUCAGCAUCAUCGGCAUGGGGGCCGGGGCGGACAUGGGCCUGGAGAAGCUGGGCAUCUUCGUCAAGACUGUGACUGAGGGUGGCGCGGCCCAUCGGGAUGGCAGGAUUCAGGUGAACGACCUCCUGGUAGAGGUGGACGGAACAAGCCUGGUGGGAGUAACCCAGAGCUUUGCGGCCUCCGUGCUCAGGAACACCAAGGGCCGAGUACGUUUCAUGAUUGGCCGGGAGCGACCUGGAGAACAGAGCGAAGUGGCCCAGCUAAUUCAGCAGACCUUGGAGCAGGAACGAUGGCAGCGGGAGAUGAUGGAGCAGAGAUACGCCCAGUAUGGGGAAGAUGAUGAGGAGACAGGAGAAUAUGCCACUGACGAGGAUGAGGAGCUGAGCCCCACAUUUCCUGGGGGCGAGAUGGCCAUUGAAGUGUUCGAGCUGGCAGAGAACGAGGAUGCACUGUCCCCUGUGGAAAUGGAGCCCGAAAAGCUGGUGCACAAGUUCAAGGAGCUCCAGAUCAAACACGCUGUGACCGAGGCGGAGAUCCAGCAGCUGAAGCGGAAGCUUCAGAGCCUGGAGCAGGAGAAGGGGCGCUGGCGAGUCGAGAAGGCCCAACUGGAGCAGAGUGUGGAGGAGAACAAAGAGCGCAUGGAGAAGCUGGAGGGCUACUGGGGGGAGGCGCAGAGUCUGUGCCAGGCUGUGGAUGAGCACCUUCGGGAGACCCAGGCCCAGUACCAGGCGCUGGAGCGCAAGUACAGCAAGGCCAAGCGCCUCAUCAAGGACUACCAGCAGAAGGAGAUCGAGUUCCUGAAAAAGGAGACUGCCCAGCGUCGGGUCCUGGAAGAGUCAGAGCUGGCAAGAAAGGAGGAAAUGGACAAACUUCUGGACAAGAUCUCAGAACUGGAAGGAAACCUGCAAACACUGAGGAAUUCCAAUUCUACUUAAUGGGAGUCACUCUUUGACUGGACAAUAAUAAUCCCCUCCCAUUAUCCUCACCCUUGACCCCUAUCCCCAGUACCCCACCCCAUCCCUAGCAGCCUGGGGACAGGUGCCCCGACUUCUCCUACCCCUCUGUCCCACUUCCCCCAGCUUCAGGGACCAGAGGGCCCAUAUCAUAGGUCCCCUUAAGGUGUGGCCCAGGCAGACAGUGGUGGCUGGAACGGAAGCCUCCUUGCUUGGUGGGGCUGAGGCACAGAGGCCAAGGGGAACUAAGAGCUGGCCUGGGUGGUGAAUGGACACAAGGAUCCACCGACCAAACUGCCAGAUGUUACAACCUCCAGCCUUUGUCUCUGGACCAGAGUGGGGCUGGGGCUCUCCAGGGUCUCACCACCUGGAGGCUUCUCCCUGUCCAUGGGGCUUCACAUGGGCCGUGGGGUUCCAUGGGACCCCCUAGCCUCUUGACUUGAGAUUCUACCUUCUUGGCCCUUUCCUCUCUCCUCUCAUUGUGCUGUCUGUUGCAUUCUGACCUUCUGCUUGGGCUAAGUUAGGGGUGGGUUGCCUCAACACCUCCCACCCCUGCUUCCCAUCCUGGGAGGGAUAGAACCCACCCUUGAGCCUGGAGGCUGUACCUGGCCCUGUACUGAUUUCUCAAGUAUCCAGGAAAAGGGGAGUGCAAGUAGAAAAAAGGGAGAGUCUAGGACACCUGGUCCCCAGCUCCCCCUUUCCUGGAAAGGGUACCAGCCCUCCUCAGUUCUCCUUGUGCCUCCCCUCCCGCCCAGGUGCCAAAUAGCCAUAGCCUCCUCCUGGAACUGUCCAGCUGCUUUGGGGUUUGGGGUUUCCUUGGUCAAGCCUGGGACUGACAGGGGCGAGGGAGGUCAGUUUAGGCAGUGGCCUGCAGAGCAAGGCACCCCUGGACGCCUUGUACUAACAUGACAAGAGACUCCGAUCUCUUCUCCCCUACCCCCAAUGUUUGACUGGAGGGAAAAAAAUGUUACUAUUCAUGUUUUUUGGAGACCGGGGCUGUGUGCUGAGAGCCCACUUUCUAAAUGAAACUGACUCAUUUCCCCACUUUAACCCCAAAUUGGGGCUUGGACCAAGGGAGGUGAGACCCCCUCAGGUCCCCUCCCCUUUCAAAAUCCAUCUCAUUUUGCCUCCUCUUCAUGCCCUGUCCUAAGCUUGGAUUUUUGUUCAUUUUUUAAAAACCAAUCCAUCCGUUUUGGCUUUUCCUUGUCCCCUGUAAAUAGACCAUACCAUCGAUCAGUAUUUCUGGCCCUUUCCUUCCGCUCCCAGAUGUGCCCCUCCUCCCCACUCCCUAAGAGCUGGCUGUCACAGCGCCCGGCCCAGCGCUCCGCCGCGGCAGAUGGGGGGCGGGGCCACGGGCGCUUCCGGUCUUCGCCGCCGGCGCCCCUGUCCCGCCCUUGGAGGACCCCGUCUCUGUAUAUAAUAUAUAUAUGUAUGUAUUGUUCCCGGUUUUGUACGGACCAUGCCCUCUGUCAGGUCGUCCCCAUAAAUGCAGCCCCUAGA